UGAAAAGAGCCUCCAGAGCCUUUGGAUAUUGAACAGUGGGGACAAUACCCACCCGCCAAAAAAUGUCAACCGCUCCCCAAACGUUAGAGGAGCUUAGCCAUGUCUUGACCUCAGCCCCCUCUGCUGCCGCUCUUCUCCAGGCUCUCAUGGACGCUGAGGGAGAAAUUAGCUUACGGUUUGGUGAGACGCAUGUGCCUAGUGACACAGAGUUCCUGCGGACGUACUAUUCGGCUUAUUUCUACGCGCUCCUCUUGCGGGACGAAAUUAAUGAAGCGCGUAUGUUGAUGCAGAGGAUACCGCAGAGUCUAAUAAGCGCAGAUGUCGUUUUGCAGAAUACAUUGACUUUGCUGCGAGCAGUCUGGAACAAACGGCAUGCUACGGUCUACCAAGUACUGAGAGAGUCAGCCUGGCCGGAUAUGCUUCAGCCUCUGGCCGAAACUUAUGUCGCUUACUUCCGUGACAAGACACUGGGCGAGCUCAGCAUCACUUACGGAGCCAUCCGACCUGAGACCGCGGCUUUAUACCUCGGCUUCAAUCUUAGCUCAGCGGAAAAUGACGCAAUGGGAGAUAUUCCAGAUUCGGCCACUUCAGAAUUGAUUGCAGCCUUAGUGGAAAAAGCGUGGGAGUAUGAUUCGGAUACAAAGCUAUUGAAGCCGGUGCCCCGUCCCGUCUCUGGCGGCACUGAGUUAGACCAAGUCAAAAUUGGGAAACUGGCGGCGCUUUUGGGGAAUUAUGGCGGAUGAGCCAUGGAUUUGUGUGGAUAUUCAUUCAAUGAAAGAAGGGGGCAUGAAUCGUACGAGGCACGUGCCUCCGAUCCUUUGCCAACAACGGCAUCUUACAUUAUCGGGCAAUAUGCGAGAGGGAAAGCCGAUUGCCGCGAAACCAAUUGCCGUGUUGUAGACCACUGGUUUGCCGGCAAUUGGGCUCUUGUUCUAGAGGGAAGAGACAAUCGCUUCACUGACACCAGAUCAACAACAAUGCGACCUGUAAGUCAGGCGCACGGUAUUAAGAGAUACCCAAUGAUAUGUACAACAGAAA